AUAGUUUAUCAUGAAAAAGUAUUCUGCAUUAAUAAAGUAAAAUACAAACACAACAGGGUGCGGAAAAGUUGUAUAUUUGCUAAUAUUAAAAAAUGAAAAAUCUUCAUAUUGAUUGAUUUUAGCGAUUGUAAAGCUUUAGUGAACUUUGUCGCGUAUAUAUUUCGAAACGUAAAAAGUGAUCUCGAAGUAUUGUGUAAGAAUUAAAGUUAUAAAAUCGUUGUCAAGUUUACAAGUUCGUUCAUUUGGUGGAGGAUUUUCUCUUCUUAUUUAUAAUUUGUUUGCAAAAACAAGUAGAUAAAAGAUGGUAGUGCUUAGCAAUUUUCUUGCACCACAGGAGGGAAUACGCCAUGAAGAACUAAAUACUACGGUGUAUAUUAAUGAUAGGGAAGUAGGAAAAGGAACUCUGUAUAUCACAGAGAGCUUACUUUCUUGGGUGAAUUAUGAUACACAACAGGGAUUUUCACUUGAAUACCCUCAUAUAUCUUUACAUGCCAUAUCACGAGAUGAACAAGCACACCCAAGACAAUGUUUAUAUAUUAUGGUCGAUGCAAAAGUAGAUCUUCCAGAUGUACCACUGCCACCAGCUUCAGAUAGUGGCUCGGAUAAUGAAUUUGAAGAUGCAGAUACACCUAUCACAGAAAUGCGAUUUGCUCCUGACAACACAAAUAAUUUGGAGACAAUGUUUCAAGCAAUGAACCAAUGUCAGGCUCUCCAUCCUGAUCCACAAGAUAGUUUUUCUGAUGCCGAAGAAGAUAUUUAUGAAGAUGCAGAGGAAGAUGAUUUUGAACAGUACGAUGUUGGUGCUGGUGAUGCUCCCUACAUUUUACCAACAGAACAAAUAGGGACAAGUCACAAUGGUACAGAAGUAGAUGAUGCUAUGGAUAUAGAAGCAGGUCAAUUUGAAGAUGCAGAAGAAGAUCUAUAAAGUAUGGAGAUAAUAUAAUGCAAACAUGCAAUUUAGUAUUAAUUUAUGAUUACCAGUAUCAUAUACCAAGGUAGAUAUGUGAUAUUAUGGCAGACUGUAUAAGAGAGCAGUAUCAAACAUAAAAACAGCUAACAUUUAUUUAUAUUCAUUUUGUACACCGUAAUAAUAUUUUAGAUAAAAAUAAAUAAUUGUAUAUCAAAUU